CUAAGGAUUAAUAAACUGCUGGAUUCAUGAAUAUUAAUCAGGUUUUGUGCGAACUCGAACUGAUUUGCUGAAUUCAGAACAGGGACGAUAAUAGGUGAGUGCUAGCCAAUGAGAUUGCCUUUUGUGCAUUAGCUCCACCCAUUACCGGAAAACCCGGCAGUUCUUAAAAGCUGAAGAAUUCCAAAGGAACGUCGUUAUUUUGACAGGAAAAUACAACAAAGUAUAUCGUUUACAUGCAUCGCGUCAAUUCACUCUCUCUCUCGCUUUCUGUCUCUCUGCGUGUGUGUGAGACAAAGCGACGACGAGUCGUGCGCCUUCACACUGGAGUUUACGCUACGUCAAAUGCAGGGGCCUACACUCCUGUAAUAGAGGACAAGUUUUUCUUCUUUUCUUGAUUACGUGGGAAGGGAGGAGAGGAGACAAAGAUGCCAAAACCAAUUAAUGUGCGUGUGACUACUAUGGAUGCAGAGCUGGAAUUUGCUAUCCAACCCAACACCACUGGCAAACAGCUCUUUGACCAGGUCGUGAAGACAAUAGGUCUGCGAGAGGUCUGGUUUUUCGGUCUGCAGUAUGUGGACAGUAAAGGCUACUCAACAUGGCUAAAGCUGAAUAAAAAGGUGACUCAGCAGGAUGUUAGAAAGGAAAACCCUCUACAGUUCAAGUUCCGGGCAAAGUUUUUUCCAGAAGAUGUUUCUGAAGAGCUGAUCCAAGAGAUAACACAACGUCUCUUCUUCUUACAGGUGAAGGAAGCCAUUUUGAAUGAUGAGAUUUACUGCCCUCCGGAGACAGCAGUCCUACUGGCAUCUUACUCUGUUCAGGCCAAGUACGCCGACUACAACAGAGACAUCCACAAGCCUGGUUACCUCACCAAUGACAGGCUGCUACCACAGAGAGUUUUGGAGCAACAUAAACUGACCAAAGAACAGUGGGAAGACAGAAUACAGACGUGGCACGGGGAACACAGGGGUAUGCUGAGAGAGGAUUCUAUGAUGGAGUAUUUGAAGAUCGCUCAGGAUCUGGAGAUGUAUGGAGUGAACUACUUUGAGAUCAAAAAUAAGAAAGGAACAGAGCUCUGGCUGGGAGUGGAUGCUCUUGGUCUUAACAUUUAUGAACAUGAAGACAAGCUCACACCAAAGAUUGGUUUCCCUUGGAGUGAGAUCCGAAAUAUUUCUUUCAACGAUAAAAAGUUUGUCAUCAAGCCCAUUGAUAAAAAAGCACCUGACUUUGUGUUCUUUGCACCGCGACUGCGAAUCAACAAGCGCAUCCUGGCUCUGUGUAUGGGCAACCAUGAGCUGUACAUGAGGAGGAGGAAGCCUGACACCAUUGAGGUGCAGCAGAUGAAGGCUCAGGCCAGAGAAGAAAAACACCAGAAACAGAUAGAGAGAGCUCAGCUGGAGAAUGAGAAGAAGAAGCGAGAGCAUGCAGAAAAGGAAAAGGAGAGAAUAGAGCGGGAAAAGGAUGAGUUAAUCGAGAGACUAAGACAGAUUGAAGAACAGACGAUAAAAGCACAGAAAGAGCUGGAGGAGCAAACAUGCAGAGCUCUAGAGCUUGAACAGGAGCAGAGAAAAGCAAAGGAGGAGGCAGAGAGGCUGGAGAAAGAGAAACUGGCAGCCGAGGAGGCCAGAGCAGCACUGGCCAAACAAGCAGCUGACCAGAUGAAGAACCAGGAACAAUUGGCAGCUGAGUUGGGAGAAUUUACUGCAAAAAUUGCCCUGCUGGAGGAUGCCAAGAGAAAAAAGGAAGAUGAGGCAACAGAAUGGCAGCAUAAAGCAUUGUCUGCUCAGGAAGAUUUGGAAAAAAACAAAGAGGAGCUGAAGUUGGUGAUGUCGGCUACAGCAGGUGGUGCGGCUGAGAACGAACAUGACGAGCACGACGAGAGCAGUGCAGAAGCCAGUGCUGAGCUCUCUAAUGAUGGAGUUGCUCACCAGCGAAGUGAGGAAGAAAGGCUCACAGAGACCCAGAAGAAUGAACGUGUCAAAAAACAGCUACAGGCCUUGAGCUCAGAAUUGGCCCAGGCCCGUGACGAUUCCAAGAAGACCCAAAAUGAUGUUUUACAUGCAGAGAAUGUGAAGGCCGGCCGGGAUAAAUACAAGACCCUACGCCAGAUCCGCCAAGGCAACACUAAGCAGCGUGUUGAUGAGUUUGAGUCCAUGUGAUGGCUGUACAUCGUCUUUGAUCACCCCACUUUCCACCCUGUAGCCCUAAUGCCUUGAUGGCUGGCUUACAAGCACAACAUUUGCCUGCCCAUACCUCUCCUAUAGUCUGGUGAUCCUUGACCUUUAACCCCUUAAAAGAGGCUUGAGGGACAUGGCUGCCACUCCCUCAAGCUCUGCCAAAGUACUCUCCUCCUGUGAUCAACCCAACAGGCUGUUUCCACGUAUUGAGCUCCUCAUAGCCCUACUCCAGAAUCAUCCAGUUAGGAGCAAGUGGUGCAUCGUACAGAACUCUUGAAUGAUUAUUUACUUUAAAUGCUUGGAAAUAUGUAUUUAAGAAGAGCCUAAAAUAAAUGUAAGCAAAAAUCUUUUUUUAUUAAAUGGCCUUUUUUUUUUUUUUUUUUUUUUUCAGCUGUAUGCUCAAAAUGUGUAAAAGCAUUUUUCUUUUUUCACCCAUUUUAUUUACUCCAUUUUAGUUAAGUGGGUUAACAAGACAAGGUUUGGAAGGAAGAUCAUUUUCAGGGUCAUAUGAAAGAUGUGUGCAACUUAAGAAUCACAGUGCCACAUCUGAAAAGCACAAAUAGCACCAAAACUCUGCCAUGAAAUCAAAUUCAGAGCCCCUAAAUUCAAGUGAAGAAUUUAGGAACAGAGGCACCUGUCUUUUGAAUGAAUGUGAACCAUAACCAAAGGGAGGCUAUCACUCUUGCUAGCCAUGUGCAAACCAUGCAUAUAUCCAUAAUUACUGUGGAUUUAGACUGGACAAGACCUUUGUUACUAGUUUUAUUUCUUCAGUGCAAGACGAUGUUUAAUUCAGGUUCAAAAGAUGUAGCUCUGAGCUGACAGAAUGUGAUAGAGGCCCUGUGAUGGAGCGCUUGUGUUGGGUCAUUUGAUCUCAACAGAGGAUUCUCCCAAACACCUAGUGUUUCUUGUCCAGUCACCAUAUUGUUGGGUUUCCCUGCCUGCCGGCUCACAAAGGCCAGGGCUGUCAGAUGAACAGACGGACAAUCUGCUUGUUUUAGUGACCUUGUGAUUUAAUUGGGAUGUUAAAUUUAAUUAUGGGGUAACUGCUUAAGGAAUUGAAUUUGCUGAGUUAAUGGAAAGUUGUGUGCAUGUGGGCGCUUUUUCUCUCUGUUCAUCUGCCCCCCCCCCCCUCCCCCCUUCAUUUUUGUGUGAAUGUAUUAGUACACCUGCAUGCACAUGUGGUUGUUUUGCAAUACCCGUGGCCUUUCUGGCUGGGGAGCAUAUGAAAACAUCAGUCCUGUUCUCAGGACGAAUCACUACCUCAUUACUGUCAAACAUGGUGACUGGUUAGUCAAACACUUAGUGUACGGCAGAGAGAGGCAAAUGUUGUUUCUUCUUUUUGAGUUUGUCACCAAAAUCAUAAUAUUGCUGUUUGUGUCUGUUUUGGUUUGAGCAUCUCUUGGGAAGUUAACUGUUGGCAGAUUUAUUCUUAUAAUGAUGCUUUGUUGUAUUUAGCAUCACUAAGAUAGAUACAGUAUGUGGCUGAUAAUUCAUCCUCAAGAAACACUGCAAUUUGAUACCAAAGCUAUCUUGUCAGUAUUUUAUUCUCAUUCAUCUAUUACAAAAGUUAUGACAAAUUGUGUGGCAUCUGGUCAUACUGCAGUGUGUUGACUGUCCCAUUAUGAAGCCUGUUUAGAAUGUCCCACAUUUAUUUUUCCCCAUUCUUGUUCUUGAUGAGUAUUCUCUCAAGAUUGUACCUACCCAGAACCUUUUUUUUUUUUUUUU